ACCGAGCAAAAAUCUGCAAGAAGGAUAGAGAUGAAUACGAUGAUGAGCAUUAAACAGAUGUUCUCGAUGAGCUCAGAAAUCGGCGUCGUUACCCUAAUAAUCCUAAAGUGAUGAUUCUGGGCUCUGAGCAUCCCCCUCCCUCACACUUCCCUUCUUCUUGGUCAAGAGAUUUUGAUCAGUCAAUUCCUAGAGGAGAGUUUCAAUCUUUUCUACGAUUGAUGAUUGUUUUGCAUCUAUAUCACAGUGGUAUUGGUGUUCACAAUUUUGUGAAUGCGGAAUGUCUAGUUCAGGUAGAAAGGGUCACCGACUGCCUGCUUGAAGCAUUCUACAGGCCUGGAGAGUCGGGGCAUGACAUUACCUACGAUGUAUUUGAUCGAGCCAUUGAAAAUGAUAUGAACCAUGUCUACUUGUAGGUUGGCCACAGCUGUUAGGCCCAUUAGUCUGUACCAGGCCCUUCCCUCAAGAUAAAAUGCCUUAUUCGGUACCGGAGAUGCAGGCAUUCUCUAAAGAGGCGUAUCUUCCAUCCAUUCAACGAGAGUACCUGCGUCAGGAUUGCUUUUCAAUCUUCCCAUCUUGAGCCAACUCGGCUUCGUGCUU